AUGUGUGAUGCAAAAUUGAUAGCUGACAGAGUAGUGAUAAAAAGACAUUUUGAAGGUGCUAAGCAUGUAAAAAGAACUACAGCAGUGCCAGCUCAAUCUUCGAUUGCUACUGCAUUUGAAAAGGUUAAGCAGUCCGAUGAUGAUAAAUGCAAAGCAUCUGAGAUAAAGUUGGCCGCUUUUAUGGCAGAGCAUAAAAUAUCCAUGAGAGUGAUGAACCACUUAGUUGAUUUAUUGCCCACUAUGUUUCCUGACUCUCAGAUUGCAAAAAAUAUGAAAAUGAAGAGAACAAAAUGUCAAGCAAUAGUAAACAAUAUUCUAGGAGAAUCGGAAAAACAAGAUUUGUGUGCAGAUCUAAAGGAGCAAAAAUUCUCUGUCAUGAUUGAUGAAAGCACUGAUAUCGGAGCAGUAAAAACUAUGUAUGUUGUGGUCAGAUAUUACUGUGCACUAAAAGGUCAAAUUGUUAACAGAUAUUGGGACCUAAUUCAAAUACAUUGCGAGGAAAACUCUGCUCCGGUAGCUACCGCCACAGCACAACAUCUUUUCGAAGCCGUAAUAAAAUCCUUCGAGGAAAAUACUAUUCCUAUUGAAAAUAUUAUAGGAUUUUGA